CCAAAAAUAUAGUACACUGUACAAAAUUUUCAAAUAUAAAUAAUCUUCAAUCAUUUGAUAUAUAAAAUAACCACAAAACACAUACACGUUCUCAGUGUUAGCAAGAUAAGGUAACAAAAACAAUAAUGGCAAAGCAAGAGAACAGUAGCAGAAGCAGAAGCUCAAGAUGGUCCCUCAAGGGAUUCACAGCUCUUGUCACCGGCGGAACUCGUGGGAUCGGUCAUGCUAUCGUAGAGGAACUUGCUGAGUUUGGUGCUAUAGUGUACACUUGUUCUAGGAAUGAAGAAGAAUUGAAUAAAUGCUUAAAUGAGUGGAAGGAGAAAGGUUUUUCUGUUUAUGGAUCAGUUUGUGAUGUGACUUCUUCUUCUCAAAGAGAAGAGCUUGUUAGAAAAGUGGCUUCUGCUUUCAACGGCAAGCUCAACAUUCUUGUAAACAAUGUUGGAACAAAUGUGAGGAAACCAACAAUUGAGUAUACAACAGAAGAUUAUUCAAAAUUGAUGACUAUUAACUUGGAUUCUGCAUACCAUCUAUGCCAACUGACAUAUCCUCUUCUUAAAGAAUCUGGAAAUGGAAGCAUUGUAUUCAAUUCCUCUGUUGCAUCUCUGACACACGUAGGUUCUGGAACGAUAUACGCAGCAUGUAAAGCUGCAAUCAAUCAGCUGAACAAAGGUCUUGCUUGUGAAUGGGCAAAAGACAAUAUAAGGAUCAAUUGCGUCGCGCCUUGGUAUACAAAAACACCGCUUAAUGAUUAUUUAUAUGCUAACAAAGAGUUUGUGAAUGAAGUACUAUCUCGAACACCGAUAAAACGGAUAGCAGAAACACAUGAAGUGUCUUCCUUGGUGGCUUUCCUUUGUCUGCCAGCUGCUUCUUACAUCACUGGACAAGUUAUUUCUGUUGAUGGAGGAUUUACUGCGAAUGGAUUUCAACCCAGCAUGAUCAUAAGAAGUGAUUAAUAUUAAGUGUAUAAAAUAAUUCAUGACUUAUGUAUAAGUUGGUUUAAAAUUUUAUUUUAACAAUUCUCUCAAAAUAAAGCUUAUUUUAUUGUAAGGCCAUAGUAUUAGUACACCAUGAGACUAUUUCUGCCUCAGAUCAUAUGAAGUCUAUUUCCAUAAUGUCUGAUCCUAAGUCUCCUUGUUAACCAUCUGAAGGUCUAUUUAUGCAUGAUGAGA